CACGCGACGGUUGAUUGUGACGUCACACUGGAGCCCACUUAAACCGCGCGCUCUAUAACGAUUCUUCAGUUCAGUCAGUGAGAGUCCGAGCGGUAGCGAAGAUAAUCUCCUGCGCAGAAACUCAGAAAGUCGACAAACAUACUGAGAGUUUGACAGCGAUACAUACAGUACACACGCGAACAAACAUACUGAGAGUUUGACAGCGGUACUGUAUAUCCACACGCGUUUCUCCUGCGAUGGAGUCAGUGGAGAUCAAGUCCAGCAGUCCAGUGUCAGCAGAUGCUCGUCCGGUGUUGAGUAACUCUACACGGACAGCUGGAGGAAACACCACCGACCCACCUGGAGCUGCUCCUGCAGCCGCUGUGGAGAACCCCCCAUUGGAAAAACAAAAGAAAAAGAAGAAGAAGAAGAAAGGCUUCUGUGCAUUCUUACGGAGAAUAGGGAAGGCUUUAAAGUCUUGCAUUCUCUGUUGCAAUGGGGAUGAUAUUGCAUUUCCAUGCAGCGAUCCCACGGAUGUCCAGCCAGAUUUAUCUGGCCUCGAAUGGGCGUUAUCAAUCGAUCCAUGUCCAUCUGGUAUCGAGCUGCCAGUUAACGCCGAUCCGGCCGAUCCUGAGCUGUCAUCUCUCUCAGAUAUAUCCAGUCUUGAGCUGACACCUGAGAGCGAUCCGGAUGAUCCGGAGCAAUCUUCUAUCUCAGCUCAAUCCAUCCUGGAGUUGAUGUCUGUCUCAGACAUAUCCAGUCUUGAGAUGACACCUGAGAGCAAUCCGGCUGAUCCAGAGCCAUCAUCUGUCUCAGCUUCAUCCAUCCUGGAGUUGAUGUCUGUCUCAGAUAUAUCCAGUCUUGAGCUGACACCUGAGGGUGGUCCGGCUGAUCUGGAGCCAUCAUCUGUCACAGGUCCACAGAUCCUGUGUUCAGAGCUGACUCUAGAUCGAGAGUUUGUCUCAGUAUCAUCCAGUCUUGAGAUACCAAGAUACAAUAUCGAGCUGACACCUGACUCAAGUCAGGCAGAUCUGGAGCCAUCACCUGUCCCGGGUCCAUCUGCACUGGAUUCUGAGAUCCCGGGUCCAUCUGGUUUAGGGUCAGCUUUUGUAUUUGACUUAAGGUUUGCUGAAAACCGAACAAAAAAAAGGAAGAAGAAAGGCAUGUGUACGUUCUUCUGCCGAACAUGGAGGGCUGUUAAGUGUGGUGUCUUCAGCUUUCAAAGGGAAAACAAAGUGGCCUCAGAUUCGUUUGCCGAUGAGCCAGUGGCUCAACAGGGUUCAGAAGAUCUCAUGCCAGUUUUAUUCAGUCUCGGUUGGCUGACACUUAAGACUAAUUGGACUGAUCCGGAGCCAUUUUCCGUCUCCGGUCCAUCCACUCUGGAUUCUGGGAUAAUGGAAGCUGUUGGGAAACAAACAAAAAGGAGCAUGAAGAAAGACAUCAGGGCAUUCUUCCAACGUGCAUGGAGGACUAUAAAGUCCACUCUUUGUUGUUACGAGGACAACAAAGUGGGCUCAGAUCCAUGCGGAAUUAACCCAAUGGAUCCAGCAGAUCUCCAGCCACGUAUAUCUGGCCUCUCUUGGGUGUUAACUGAUCCAGGUCCAUCUUAUUUCGAGCUGACAUCUGACCCUUAUCCAGACGAUCCUGAGCCGUCACUUGUCCCAGGUCCAUCCAGUCUGGAACCAGUGGCUAACCAGGAUCCAGCUGAUUCCCAGUCAGGUUCCGUCAGCCUCGAUUCACAGUUAAUGCUUGAUCCAGGUCCAUCCUAUCUUGUUUCAGAGUUAACAUCUGUCCUGACACCAUCCAGUCCUGUUCCCAGUUCAUCCAGUCUUGAACUAACACCUGAGAUGGGUCUGGCCGAUCCUAAGCCAAAAUCCAUCCCAGGUUCAUCCAGUCUCAAGCUGACACCUGGCGUGGAUUUGGCUGAUCCUGAGCCAAAAUUCGUCCCAGGUUCAUCCACUCUUGAAAUGACACCUGGCGUGGAUUUGGCUGAUCCUGAGCCAAAAUUCGUCCCAGGUUCAUCCACUCUUGAAAUGACACCUGGCGUGGAUUUGGCUGAUCCUGAGCCAAAACUCACCCCAGGUGCAUAUACCCUUGAUGUAGAGCCUGUUCCAGCUCCAUCUGGUUUUUGGCCAGCUACAGGAUCAUUUUCCUCCUUUUAUGAAGUGAAAGAAUUGCUGGGAAGUGGAGGCUUUGCGACUGUGUGUAAAGGGAUACGUAGAUUUGAUAACCAGAUGGUUGCUAUCAAAUGUCUACAUAAGAGGAGCUGGGACAAAUUUAUUAAUUUGCCAGGGUCUACCGAACCUCUGCUUGCAGAAGUGGCUGUGAAUCUGCUGAUGCGCAAACCUCCGAAAAGCCCUCACAUUGUACAAAUGUUAGAUUGGUUUGAUAUGCCACAACAGCACAUCAUAAUUAUGGAGUAUCCAUAUCCGUGCGAGACUUUGCUCAGUUUCAUCACGCGCAACAGAGGCUUCCUUGAUGAAACUGUGGCACGUGGAUUAAUGCGCCAAGCAGUGCUUGCAGCCAAACACUGCAUUGACCAGGGCGUCUUCCACAAUGACAUCAAGACGGACAACAUCCUGGUCAACACAGAGACGCUGCUGCUCCAAUUAAUAGACUUUGGCUGUAGUGAACUUUUUAAGACCUCUGUUGGUCGUGAAUUGGCGGUCCAAUCAACUGUCUGGUCUCUGGGUAGAGUGCUUUUAGACAUGGUGAGCGGAGACCAGCCCCUAAGUGUUCUUCAAAAAUCAAGGAUACGUGAUCCGCGUGUUCCGAAUGUAUCCAAUGAAUGCUGUGAUCUGAUAAAGCAUUGCCUGCAACAUUAUGAAUCCAACAAACCAACGUUAGAGCAUAUAUUAGAACAUGAAUGGUUUGAGCAGGACUGAAGGAAGGAAGAGGCUCAGGAGUCAGGUAGUGUAGCAGUUGGAUCCAGCCGUCCAAUCACAGUGGAGUUGGCUAAAAACACUUCAGUGGACACAUGGCCUUAGGGGAGAACCAGUCACAAUAUUGGAGGAUCGAGCUACUGGUAUCUCCCAUGGGCAUCCUGUGGAGGUGGUCAUCCAGCCCACUCCAAAAGCACAUCUUCAACUUGCCCUCAUUUCCAGCGAACAGCCCUCUUGAUAAAGGGACAGAAGUUGGUCCUCAGGGUGGAGGGAGACUGCUGCUGAAUCCAAAUUACUUUUUAGGACCUGUAUUCCGUUAUGACGGGGCAGGCAAGGAGAGGAGAAGUGGAUCUUAAUUGCAGCAGUUUACUUUUAUUAUUAACCCUAACCCUAACAAAGGCGGCCUACCAAAAUCAUGGCGCGUAGGGGAAAUCAUAACAGCCUUACACGCUAUAGUAAAGAAUAAUGUGUGUUAGUGAGGCCAGCAGGGGGUGCUCAUCCUGUGGUCUGUGUGGGUCCUAAUGCCCCAGUAUAGUGAUGGGGACACUGUACUGUCAAAAAAGCACCGUCCUUCGGACGAGACAUUAAACCGAGGUCUUGACACUCUGUGGUCAUUAAA